AGUGAGGUACUAUAAGAACCGUAAGUUGUCCUGGCCAUCUAUAAUACUGGCGCAGGUGGCAUGAAGAGCUACAGGAGGUAUGCCGACAUCACUGAGAUGAGGACUAAUGAAUCGAGCGGGCCUACUCACCGCACUAUAUCGUGGCUUGUGGGCAUGGGGGCACAAAAGAAUACGUGGGCGGGACCGCAAACUGAAAUGAGACAGCAUGUUGCCAACAGUGGAGACGGGAGGGAAGACCUGGGUUAUGGCCCUGAGAGUGCCGCAGAGCGGCUUCAGGAGGAAGCUAAUGCCAAUGCCAAACUAGGUUAUGCAUCCAACACUACAUACUCAUUGCCUAGACACGACUGGGAGCGUACAAUUCUGCGAGAGUGAUCCGGG